AUAUAUAUUUUUAUAAAAAAAUUUUUAUCGGUCGAAAUAACUUCAAUUUUGUUCUUUCCGAAAAAAUAUAAAUAGUGAAUUCAGUACCUUCCAAGAAAGGUUCAGGCGUCUAAGAAAGAAGCAAACAUUAUCUUUUUACAUUCUUUGAGGAGCAUUGCUGGUAUCGUUAAUCAUGGCAGCGAAAAUUUUGACUAAGAUUUGUCCUAUGUUUGAUUGGGUGCUAGUACAGCGUACAUCUUUUCCUAAAACAGUCACAGAAAGCGGCAUUAAGCUUGUUCAAAGACCAGUCCGUGAGCCAAAGCAUGGUGUUGUUCUCGCUGUUGGUCCAGGUAUGCGCAAUCCCAACACUGGUAAGCACUUUGAACCUUGUCUAAAGGCCGGCGAUCGUGUUCUUCUACCUGGUUUUAAUGGUCGCAAGAUUGAUGUUGAAGGUCAAGCCCACUGUGAACUUUACCAGGAAUCUGAUAUUCUUGGUAAAAUUUAUUACUAACUCCCAGCCAACAAUCUGCCAAUAACGCAAAUAAGUAUUUUGGACACAUGACGGACGAUGACUAUGGACGGAUCUUAAAUAUCUUAAUGCUACAUAAAAUUGUUUUGUUUUUUAUUAUAUAUGACUUGGAUUUUGAUGAUUUUAAAAAUUUUCAAUA